AUGCUGUCUCCAGCGCGCCUUUUAUCUCGUCGGACCUGCUUUCCUGAGUCUCGUGCCACUGCCAUCUUGCCUCGGUCCCCGGCUUCUCAGUUCCUAACCACUCGAAUCAUAAGAAAAAUUUCGCCUCUGUCGAUCAGUUCAAGGGCUUUUAAACCGCUAGCUCUCAGUUCUGCUCGGUUCAUGUCUGGUAGCAGUAUCAGAUUUACCUUCAACAAUACGAUCGAAGCAUCCAAGAUGGGCUCUCUAUCACCGCACCCCCGGAAGCACAAGGUGGCCGUAGUUGGCUCAGGGAACUGGGGCACUGCUAUCGCUAAGAUUGUCGCUGAGAAUACCGCCAGCCACGACUCCAUCUUCGAGAGAGAUGUUCAAAUGUGGGUAUUCGAGGAGAAGGUCGAGAUCCCCAAGAAUUCCCGGCACUACGACCCAUCUUCGCCCUUGUGUCAGGGUCCCCAGAAUUUGACCGAGAUAAUCAACAAGACACAUGAAAAUGUCAAGUACCUACCCGGAAUUGCCCUUCCUGAGAACAUCCACGCCAACCCGUCUGUGGUAGAUGCUGUGAAAGACAGCACCAUCCUCAUCUUCAAUCUCCCUCACCAGUUCAUCAACAAGACCUGCGAACAAAUCAAGGGCAAAAUUUUACCCUAUGCCCGUGGUAUUUCCUGCAUCAAGGGCGUCGACGUGACCGAGGAGGGCGUCAGUCUGUUUUCUGAAACUAUUGGCAAGACCCUAGGAAUCUACUGCGGCGCGCUUUCUGGUGCGAACAUCGCCAAUGAGGUUGCCCAGGAGAAGUGGUGCGAGUCGAGCAUCGCUUAUGACCCCCCACACCUGGAUUCUAAGGCCCCGUCUCCGAAUCGAUCCCCCUCUGCAUCCACUGUGGAUGUAGUUCACUUUGAGCACAAGGAUGUCUCUGGCCAGCUUUCGCAGGUUAAACUGCAGCCACUGCCGUCCGAAUACCCUCCCGUUGACCACACCGUCCUGAAGACCCUCUUCCAUCGCCCCUAUUUCCACAUUAGGGUAGUGAGUGACGUUGCAGGAGUCUCUCUGGGGGGUGCUCUGAAAAACAUUGUCGCUCUCGCUGCGGGAUGGGUUGAUGGCAUGGGCUGGGGUGACAACGCCAAAGCUGCAAUCAUGCGAGUCGGCCUUCUUGAAAUGGUCAAGUUCGGUGAAAGAUUCUUUGGUGCAACUGUCGACACGAGGACUUUCACCGAGGAGAGUGCAGGUGUUGCCGAUUUGAUCACAAGCUGCAGCGGUGGGCGUAAUUUCCGCUGCGCCAAACUUAGCAUUGAGCGGAAGCAGCCCAUCGACAAAAUCGAGGAAACGGAGCUCAAUGGCCAGAAGCUUCAGGGUACUUUGACUGCCGUUGAGGUGAACAAGUUUCUGAAGAAGCAAGGUCUUGAGGACGAAUUUCCUUUGUUCACUGCAGUUUAUCGCAUUCUUGAGGGCUCCAUGUCUGUUGAGUCUAUUCCAUCUUAUAUUGAGCGGUAA